AGAGGCUCCCUAGCGUCGGCUGUCGAUCGCUGUCGUCUGACGUGCUCCCACUGUCGCGAUUGUGACCCGUCCCCGGAGAAGUGCGAUAGGCCUUCAUUGGUUGCCUUGACAUAUUGCAGGCCUCGCGGCAUCGAAGUACUCCGCAUGGGUACUCGACGAACUUCCAUUCCCAAUUGUUGCUUGAAGAGGCAGACAAUCAUCUGUCGUGCAUCAUAUCACAUUUCAUUUGACACAGGUACAAGGCCAAACGCGGACUGCCUUAAUCUAGCUUUCAGUCAUGGCACCCACUGCCAUCCAUGAAACGCUGGGUGUGACGGCCUCGAAAAAGCGUCCAGAUGCGGACUCGGCGACUCGAGAGACAGGCGAAAGCAUCCGUCUCUCUGCGCGCUCAGCAGCCUACACCAAACAGACUUCCGGUGCAGCACCUACCUACAUUCAGGCAAAUCUGAUCAUCCUUCCGUCCAAAUAUGCUUCAGACUUCCGUAUUCUUUGUCAAAGAAACCCCGUGCCAUGUCCGCUACUUGCGGAGUCUGCGGCCGUUGGAAGCUGGGAUGCUCUGCGAUCUUGGAUCCCUGGUGUGGAAGGCACGGAUAUCGCAGCAAACGUCGACCUCCGUCAUGAUUGUCCAAAAUACAUGGUCUAUCAGGAUGGCGUUCUGAAGACCUCUCACUGUCUGAACAUCGAAGAUAAAUGGACUGAAGAUCACGUUUGCUUCGUCAUUGGUUGUUCCUUCAGUUUUGAGACCGCCCUUACCGCCGCAGGCCUGAUGCCUACGCACACGGCACACGGGAGGAAUGCUCCUAUGUACCGAACAAGUUUACCGCUCUGCCCAGCCGGCGUUUUCAUGGACGCCACAUAUAUUGUAUCAAUGAGGCCGUAUCGAAAGAGAGACAUCGAGAAAGUACGAGACAUUACCCGUCCAUAUGUUGCGACUCAUGGCGAACCCAUUGACUGGGGUUGGGAAGCUGUGGCCCGCCUCGGAAUCAAGAACAUCAGCUUGCCCGACUAUGGCGAGGCCCCAGUCAAUCCAAGUGGUACCGAGUUGUGCCCCGGAGAAGGCAGUGGUGACAAAGAACUCGUCCCUGUGUUCUGGGGAUGUGGUGUCACACCACAAGAAGCCGUCCAGAGAGCUGGCCUCGAAGGCACAGUUUUUGGACAUGCUCCCGGCUACAUGCUUGUUUUGGAUGUGAGAGAUCGGGACAUACUUCAACAUUAAUGGAAUUUCGUAUCUCUGGCUCCGCAUUGAGACCAUUGCACAGGACCUCUGCAUCAUGCCCAGACGAAGUUAUGUGUCUUCGGUGUCCCAGCGUCAGAGUCCAGCGUUGUGAUAUGCUUCAUGACGUAGGGCAUUCUCAAUCCAGCCAGUGUUCAUGUCCACGUCGAUAUCCAAAUUGCCAGAC